CUCUCAUGCAGACACCACCGGACCAGCUGGGAUUCACCCCGUUGAACCAAACCUACCAACUUGAAAGUUCACCCAGUUUACCUGAAACCAACGCGUUUACUACACCGGCCCAGUACUCAUUCACCGACGUGCAAUGCACUCCAUCUCCCAUCAGACGAGUGUCUCCUGUCCCCCAGUCAACUUCGACGCCAGAAAGUGGCCCACCUACCCAAAUUGUUCAGGCCGCAGAAAAGGAUCUGGUGGCAACGACGUUACACGAUGUGAUCACCAGGUCAUCACUUUCUCCCAAGUCAUUGAAGCGUCGUAUGCGUCGCCAAAUCAUUGGGCGUCGUAGUGGUGGUAGUUGUAAUGGAUCGCAGCCUGGUGUCACUACUGUAUCCCAAAUUCCCGGUUCCUGUGAUUGUUUGACCAGUAGGACACUCCUCAGGAGAAUGGCUCAUCUGGAGCGAAUCGUGAAGCAGCUGCAAAACGAAGUUAAUGAGCUGAAAAACAUCAAGUCAGAGAAAAGCACUGAUAAACCGAUCGCGGAAAUGGAGACGAAAAACCUCAGUGACCAUGAUCGUUUGUUGUUCAACCCUUCAGAAACGGAUAUUGAAAAUACUGCGGAACCCAAAGAAGGACUUGAAGGAUCUUCCGCUACGUUCGCCGCACCCGUCCCUUCUGUUCCUGGAAAACCACCCCGCUACACCGAAGAGCUCCUGCGCAGUGCAAAGCCAGGCGGAUUACGUGAACGGGUUCUUCGCCGAUGCUUGUCCCCUAUUCAGGUUACUCCUCACAGCGGUGUGAAGCCGACGCACCCAAGUGAACGCCUGUUGUGGAGUGUACAACCACGUCACGCAGCUAGCCAUCUACCACUUUCCAUUCCGCCAACUCCCUCCAAUACUGAAGAGUCUUCAGCCCCGAAUCGGCAUCUUUUGUUGUCUGCUGGAUCGACCGGCCUCUGUGAUUGCGCUGAUGGACAUUCCAUUUCUUCGGCUCCGCUAAACCCGUCCAAUGCUGAAGAGGCUCCCGUUCCGAUUGAGCAUCUCCUCCGAAGUGCCAAACCGGGCGGCUUUCGGGAACGAAUCCUCCGACGGUGUUUAUCACCCACUCCGUUCGCAACACCUCGUUCAGAUGCAAAGCAUCCGAAGCACAACUCCACAACCUCACAGAAAAAGGUCACUUUUCUAUGAUCUUCCCGUUUCCCGUCCGAUUCCCGUAUCCUCAACGUAUGAUGCUCACCUGUACUAAUCUAAACUACUUGUUCC